GCCAUUCAUAUGCAAUAAAAUUAAAGGUGGUAUGAACAGAGCUAUGGAGAUGCAUGAAAGUCAAAUGGUGUUUAUAAGGUAGAUGUUGGGUGAGCAGUGGCUGCUUGGAAAGAGGAUAUUUUCUAGCUUUACACUUUUCCAUUCAGCACUGUCUCAGGCAUGACAGCAUGACCUGUUAUCUGGGUGUCAGAGUUGGCAUACAUGUGAGGACGGUUUCACCGCUCAGCUCUUCUGGUCAACCUUUGAGUUAUGAGCAAGAUUACCGCAGACUGCCUUAAAGUAACACUAUGUACAACUUGGUGAUUUGGAGGCCUCUCUAGUGGACAUAUGUAAUUUCAAACAAUGUGCGGAAGAACAAUUUUGUAAUGUCAGUUGUACUGAGGACCCCCCUGACUUUUGCAAGUGUGUUGAAAGAGGAUUGGAAGAGAACUCAGUAAAAACUUAAUGAAGGAUGUGUCUUCUGAGGAUAUGAAAGGAAGAUCACACUGUUGAAAGUCAUCUUUGCAGCUCUGCUCUGGUGUCAAGCUUGAGGAGACCGUGAGAACUGAGCCUGUGAUUGGAAGGCUGCAGGUGCUGGAGUGACGUCUACCCCCGUGUGUGUGUCUCUCCUCUCUUGCGUCUCUCCUUUGGGGAGCUGCUGAGUGUGCUGAAGACCGUCCACAGGCUCCCUGCCCGGGGCAGAGACAGCGCCCCUUCACAUCCACCACCAUGGUGCUGUCACAGAGGCAACGAGACGAAUUAAAUCGAGCGAUAGCGGAUUACCUCCGUUCUAAUGGUUAUGAAGAGGCCUACUCUGUUUUUAAGAAGGAGGCAGAGUUAGAUAUGAAUGAAGAAUUAGAUAAGAAGUAUGCAGGCCUUUUGGAAAAGAAAUGGACCUCAGUCAUCAGAUUACAAAAGAAGGUGAUGGAGUUGGAAUCCAAGCUGAAUGAAGCUAAAGAGGAGAUCACUUUAGGAGGCCCUGUGGGACAAAAGAGGGACCCCAAAGAGUGGAUCCCACGCCCCCCAGAGAAGUACGCACUCAGCGGCCACAGGAGUCCCGUCACACGCGUCAUCUUCCACCCUGUGUUCAGCGUUAUGGUCUCUGCCUCAGAAGAUGCCACCAUCAAGGUGUGGGACUAUGAGGCAGGAGACUUUGAGCGCACUCUCAAAGGACACACAGACUCUGUGCAGGACAUCUCCUUUGACCAGACUGGAAAGCUGCUGGCCUCCUGCUCAGCAGACAUGACCAUCAAACUCUGGGACUUCCAGGGCUUUGAGUGCAUCAGGACCAUGCAUGGACAUGACCACAAUGUGUCAUCGGUUGCCAUCAUGCCCAAUGGCGAUCAUAUAGUAUCUGCCUCGAGGGAUAAGACCAUUAAAAUGUGGGAGGUGGCCACUGGUUACUGUGUGAAGACAUUCACUGGACAUCGGGAGUGGGUGAGGAUGGUGCGGCCCAACCAGGACGGCACACUCUUGGCCAGCUGCUCCAAUGACCAGACGGUGCGUGUGUGGGUGGCUGCCACUAAGGAGUGUAAAGCUGAACUAAGGGAGCAUGAGCAUGUGGUGGAGUGCAUCUCCUGGGCUCCAGAGAGUGCACACCCCACCAUACUGGAGGCCACUGGCUCUGAGAACAAGAAGAGUGGAAAACCUGGCCCCUUCCUGCUUUCGGGAUCCCGAGACAAGACCAUUAAGAUGUGGGAUGUCAGUACUGGCAUGUGCCUUAUGACACUGGUUGGCCAUGAUAACUGGGUGCGCGGAGUGCUUUUCCACCCAGGAGGAAAGUUCAUUGUGAGCUGUGCGGAUGAUAAGACCCUGCGCAUCUGGGACUAUAAGAACAAGCGCUGCAUGAAGACCCUGAGUGCCCAUGAACACUUUGUUACCUCUCUGGAUUUCCACAAGACUUCUCCCUACGUGGUAACAGGAAGUGUAGAUCAAACAGUUAAAGUGUGGGAAUGCCGCUGAUCUCCCUUUGGCAGGCCCUGCUGCCCUUUGCCCCUCCUCUAUACCAUCACUCUUCCCUGUCCUGACACUUGUCCUUCAGGAUGCACUCAUCACCAUGGCUACCACCUCAUCCAGCUCUCUUCUAAUACCUAUUGUCCUUUUAUGUAAAUUAUUCUGGAUGUAGUUUGAGCUUAUUAAAUGUUACACAAGACACCCUCAUAAGGAGAGGAAAAAAGUAAGAAAAAAGAAAAAAACGUAUUCUUGCAUGGUGAAUCCAAAACUUGUAUACUGUAAAAAAAAUAAAAUAAAAAUAAUAAUAAAUUUUGCUUACCAUCGUGUAGAAGUUACCGAUAAGGGUUAAAGAGCACCAGUGGUGCUCUGGCAUCAAGCAUCUCGUUACAGAAGGCAGAAUGAUCCUGUCUGGGGAAUUCAAAUACAGGGCACUUCAAAUACAGCCAGUCUCACUUUUUUGUUCCUUGUUUUUUUAUUUGUUAUUUAUUUUUUAUUUUUUUGGGCCUGCCAUAAAACAGUUGAACAGGAUUACUAUUACUAUACUUCAUGGAUCACUAUAUAUGACUUCUAGUUG